UUGUGGUUAACCACCAGGGGAUCUGCUUGUAAUUGGCAUAUCAAACAGCGAACAAAAUAAUACGUUCAAUUAGUUUAAACGUCGACUCCAUUCCGUCCUCAUAAGACUGUUUGGCCGGUGAAAAUCAAUAUACAACACAGACGUCAAUGUCGAAUGGCAUUCUUGGAAUCCUUUUUUUCCCUGUCACUGCUGAGAUGAACUUCUUAAGCUGGUCGUGCCUUGUGGAACAUGAUAAAGCAGUUGAUAAUGGUUGUGUCAUUCUGUCUUCUAGUAAUACCAGGUUCAGAUAUGAUUAUCUGUAAACUAAAUGCUCCUUCUGGUGCUUCCAAUGGAGUAUGGCCUGGAAGUGUUAUGGUAUUGAACUGUACGAUACUACAAGACGGCCCCGUUGAGUACAUUACGUGGAAGAAAGAUGGAGAUGUUUUGAGGAACACAAGUAUAGUUUCUCCUGGUCAAUCUUUGUUGAUGUGGGAAGCCCUGAAGCUAGAAGAUUUGAGUGAUAAGGAUGAUGGUCAAUACAGCUGUGUAGCAGUCAAAGGAAUCCACAGCCAAGAGGAUUGGUACACCUUAAAUAUAUUUGCUAAACCGCAUAUCAUACCCAUUGGACUAACUGAACUUGAACUUCGAUAUGGUGACAGAUUCUCCGUGACGUGCAGUGCCAGUGGAUGGCCAAAACCCAAUAUUACGUGGACGAAACAUGGCAACAAAUACAUGGAAUCAAGUCAUGUAUUAAAAUCGCCCUAUGGCCUCAAGCUUCAAUUCCUUUUUGCUCGUCUGACCGAUAAGGGUCUUUAUGCAUGUCAUGCAAAUAACACAAUAGGAUCAGAUCUUUGGCCAGUCUUAGUCAAAGUAAAACCCGUUCAGUUUCAUAUGCGAUCGGUCAAGGUAACCACUCCCUACAAAAGAAUAACUGUCUACGAAAACCAGAACAUCAGCCUUGAAUGCCGCGCAUCAGAUAUCGAUAACAAGCACUUUGCUUCCUUUUGGAAACACGACGGAAAGAGUCUGACCGAUCCUGAAAGAAAAUCUAAAGUGGAGGUAGCCAAUCACUUGGUGCUAUGGUAUAAGAUUGUCAAUGUGACCCUGAAGGAUGCUGGGAGCUAUACAUGUGGUGUCCAGACCGACAUGGGAGAGGAUAAUCAAGUGAUAGGGCUGAACGUGAAAAGAAGAGGCCCUCCUCGAGUUUCAAGCAAAAACCCAACAAUAUUUUCCAAGCUCGGAAGCUCCGCUACCCUUUCUUGUACCUUGCAAUACGCAGACAUCGCUGACGUGAUAAUGGAAUGGACACAAAACCACAGCCAGUGGUUCUACACACAUUCUAGAUAUUACAACAUUGAACACAAAGACCCUAGGAAUGGGAAUAUAAUAUACUCAUUGGUCAUUAGGAACGUAACAGUCAAGGAUUUGGGUUGCUAUAAUUGUGAUGUCAAAACGUCUCUUGGGUCGUGCAGCUCCACAGUGUGUCUUCAACUCAAACAGACCAAAAAAGAGAUCAUGACCAUUUAUGCAUCCUCCUCUGCGGGUCCCUUGUGGAAGACCACUGUUCCUGUGUUCCUGGUGUGUCUUGUGGUAUGCGUGGCAGGGUUCAUAGCUGGUUUUUACGCAAGAAAAAACAGAAUAAGACGGCCAGGAUUCCAGGAUAACUCAGGCCCUCGAGCAACAGACGGCUACCAGUACGAUGUGUUCAUAACCUUCAGCAGCAAAGAUUUCCUUUGGGUUAAAACAGAACUAAUCCCUUUGAUAGAAAAACACAAUCUCAAUUACUGCAUUCACAACCGAGACUUCCAGCCUGGAAAAAACAUCGUUGACAACAUGGCCGACAGUGUCUACAACAGCCGACGUAUCUUAGCAGUACUCUCCAAGAAUUACAUGUCCAGCACAUUUUGCAGAGGAGAACUAGAUAUGGCAUUGUGUCGGAACACUCUCCGAAAUGACUCCUCUUUGAUUGCUAUUCGAGUGGAUGAAAUUGAAAAAAAGAGGCUCCCAAAGGCUUUACAAGGGAACACUUUCUUGGACUAUUAUAAUGAUCAGGAAAAGAACCUUUGGGAAAUUAGGCUUGCCAAGCAAUUAGCUUUAAAGGAAGAAGAGGAAAAUACUUUGUAAUAUGAAAAAAGAAAGAGAUUUUGUAUUCUUAGUUUUUCUAAAGACUCGUUAAGUAUAAAUUUGUAAGAAACUCUUGUUGUAAAAACACAAAUAUAGCGAUAUGUUAUGAUUAUA